AUGAUUCCUUCAGUUGCUGCCUCUCUCCUCUUGUUAAUGCUCGGCUCAUUCGUUAAUGCUCAAAAUUUCGGCAACUUUGGCCAAUCAUCGCUGAUGGGUGCUGGCUCGUAUCCAGGACUUGGAUUCGGAGGGAUGUCGAAUUUGGGUCUGCUCGGUGGAGCAGGCACCUCGUUUCCCGCGUUUGGAAUGGGAUCUCUAGGAGGCUUCGGUCCUGGCGCCAUGCCUUCAUUCGGCGGUUUUGGAGCUGGCGGAAUGGGCCUGGGACCUUAUAGCAUGAUGGGAUCGAACUUUGCCGGUUUUCGAUGA